UCAAAUUAUUUUGCGUACCUAGGUAAUUUAGUGUGUUUUUUCUGGGCGUUGAUCUUGCGAAUAAUUAGAACUCAGAGCUUUGAAAAUGAACCAAUCACGUGGCUUAUUUUUAGUUGGGCUCGAGAUUUCCCCAGAAAAUCUUUGAAGUUUAAAUAUAGUAAACUCAGUAACAUGCGAUCUUAUUUAUAUCGAGCAAGAGCACUUAAACUUAAAAUCAGGUGCCCCAUUACAGAAUCGUAUGGCAUUAACGCAGAGUAGUUGGCCUCGAUGUCUCGCGAGCCGGCUAGUUUCGGCCUCCUUCACAGGGAACAUGUCCUGAAUCCCAUCACGGCUUUGUCUUUUUACACAUCUUCAACAGACGGGCAGCAAUAUGUUCUAGCAGGGGAAGAUACGGAUAUCAAGAUCUAUCAUGUGCAAACUUCACGCCUCUGUGGCUGCUUACCCGUGUUUCGGGCUCAGUCUAUUCAUGGCAUCGCUGUACCACCAACCCAGCAUCCCGGUCAGGUUCUUGUGUGGGGUGCCUACUCUAUCAAGGUUUUGCCCGGAGAUAUCAUCGAGGCCCUGAUUUCAGGCCGCAGUAACGAGCAGGACCUGACAAGACCCAUUACCGAGACCCGGGCACCUGAUUGGAUUUUUGAUGGGAGAAUCUCACCUUUUGGGGGUGGCCGUAUUGUCCUACUCACUGCCCAUAACGAGGUGAUACAAGCGCAUGUAAAUAAAAAAACCGGUUCACUCGUCUUCGACAGUAUACAAUCCCCUUCAAGACCAAUCCUGUAUUCGGGCAAUUUCUUUUGGGUGUCUCAGGAUUGCGUGCUUGUGGCUGCCGGUACAGUAUUCGGUGAGAUAUUAGUCUGGAAAUGUUACCUCGAGACGUCAACACACCAACAAAAUUGCGAGGUUCUCUUCGUUUUUACCGGUCAUGAAGGAUCGAUUUUUGGGGUCCAUAUUUCCCCUGAAAUACAAACCACAGGGGGAGAGGCGCUGAGACUUUUAGUGAGCUGUAGUGACGACAGGACCAUUCGGGUUUGGGACAUCACUGAAAGAAAUCGAGAUCAAACCCAAAACGGAUAUGAAAAUCGUAUAUCGGAUGCACGAGAGACGGGAUUCGGCAACAAUGAAGAGAUUACAGCUUUAGACGAUUCAUCGGCAAGGUGCCUGGCGACGGCUAUGGGACAUGCUUCAAGGAUAUGGCAAGUCGAGUUUCCGGAAGACCAACCAUUAUUCCAGACGUCUAAUAUUGUGGAACUUUAUUCAUUUGGCGAAGACGCUACGGCUCAGAAAUGGAACCUGCCUCUAAACUUACAGCUUUCCGGCACCAUCACUUCCGGUGAACCUUCCGAGAAACCUGCCGCCAAGCUGACACACCAGUUGACCUCGUCGAAUCAUGGCGGGAAACAUAUUUGGUCUCACGCUAUGGUAUCCAAAGGUGAUGACUCCCUCAUUGCUACUGGCGGCUCUGAUGGAAAGAUUGCUCUGAUAGGGACAGGGGUGAAGAAUAUAUCACCGAGAAUAAUGAAUGGUAAUGCCAAUAGAACGCACGGAAACGGGAAAGCUAUUACGUGGUCUCUGACAGAUGUGUUGCAAUCUUCUCAACCAAGCGAUUCAACAAAAGAUACCCCAGAGCCGAUCGAUCCUUCCAGCAGUCUGGUCUCACCACCGCGGGCCUCUAAGCCCAAAAAUGCCAAAGAAGCCUUCAACCGAUAUACAUUUAUCUCCGACAGCCGGCUACUUGCUGCUACAAACUCAGGCCGGAUUUUUCUCGGUGUAUUUGAAGAUAAGCUGACAUGGACGGAGCUAAUUUUGCCAGAGGAAAUCGGCCAAAUAGUCUUUUCCCAUGCUCUGUUUGGAUCAUCGGUGGCUUAUCCGAUAGCUCUCGUCGGCACAAGUAAUGGCGAUGUAUAUCACUUUAGCGAAUCGGAAAAUCGAUCGCUUCGAUUAUUGACAAAGGUGGAUGGAAAGGUUGCGGAUAUUUUCUGCCUAUCUAACUCCAGAAUCCCAUCGAAUGGCGGCCAGUUAGAAUUCCUCGUUACUAUCUUGCGCAAUACGAAAGCCGUUAUCAUUUCGGUCAAUCCGAAUACAUCGACAAUAAAACAUGUUGAAUUCGAUCUAGAGCCGGGCUUUAUGGUCACUGCUGCAGCCUUUACUCAAGGGCAUCUCGUUCUUGGGUCAAGAAAAGGAAUAAUUGCGGUUCUCAAGCGGGGCGAGGAUGGCACGUAUUCUAGUAACUUUUCGAUCGAGGUACACAGAGAUGAGGCAAUAACCUCAAUACUCCCUCUCCAUAGUCGGGACAACCAACCAAGUGAUUACAUUUUGAGCACGUGUCGCGAUGGCAAAUAUAGGAUCCACGAAAUUAUUACGACGGGUAGCGAAUCCAGCGCCGCGCUAAUUCACGAGACUUUACCGCCAUUUGUAUCUUCUGUCGAAGGGGCCUGGUUCUCCGAUAACGGUAAUGGAACCCAAGAUCUGAUGCUUUGCGGUUUUCGAAGCAAUAAAUUUGUUGUUUGGAAUGAGACACAACGUCACGAGGUUGCUACAGUUGACUGCGGAGGCUCCUCCAGGAGCUACGCUUGGGCUCCCCUGAGACACUACCCCGACGGGUUCCGAUUCGUUUUCACCAAGGCGGGGCAGAUGCAUGUCUUCUCACAGACGCUUGCACCCCAUAAGGCGCUGAAAUCUGGAGGUCACGGGCGCGAGAUCAAAGCGGUGAGCGCUUCCGCUGGGCGUUACAUCGCUACAGCGGCUGAAGACACCGUGAUACGGAUAUGGGGAUAUGAAGACGCCAAUAAUGAUAACCCAAGGCUACGCUGCGUUGCGGCGCUAGAGAAACAUGCUACAGGCAUACAGGUUCUCAAGUGGUACAAAGAUGAGUACCUCUUCAGUAGUGGCGGAAAUGAGGAAUUCUUCGUGUGGAAGCUUAGCCAGCUUGAAAGCGGCGAUUUCAGUGGGCUAGCCGUUGUAUGCGAAGCCGUAUUUCCUGAUCGAACUGAUAUAGGCGAUGCGCGUAUUACGGAUUUUGAUGUAGAUUGCGCCGAGGACGGUGGUGAUGGCGCAUACGAAUUCACCAUAUCCAUGACGCUGUCGAACUCGACGCUACAAACUUAUGUCUACACACAACAAGCUGGGUUUCGCCUGUUAAGGAGACAUACGUAUACGGGAGCAUGUCUUACACAAGUUCGGCAUCUAGGAAAACAUCACAUCCUGGCUGCCGCUACGGAUGGGCAUCUAACUAUUUACACAAACACAGAGCGGGGAUUAGACGAGAGUUCCGCUGAUUCCGAACCCCUUCCAGUUGUCACAAAACUACACCAAAAUACCAUUAAAUCCCUCGAUGUGCGCCAAUUGCCCGCCGUUCAUAAUGGCGGCUUGUCUGAAUACCUCAUCGUCACAGGAGGCGACGAUAAUGCAUUAGGAUCUAUGCGCGUUUCUUUCCCCUCUUCCCCCACAAACCAAGAAAAGCCAGGUGUCACAAUAAAGAGUAAAUCCAUCAUUCGCUCCGCACAUGCUGCGGCUCUCACAGGUGUGGCUAUCGCGCGCCUGGACGGAGGUGAAGACGCCGCAUAUGCUGUCACCGGGAGCAAUGAUCAGCGCGUUAAGCUCUGGCGAUUAGCCGGCUACGAGGGGAAACAGCUAAAGGCACAGCUGCUUGACGAGCGAUAUAGUUCCAUUGCUGACACUGGGAAUUUGGAGAUCUUUGGGAGCAAGGAUGAAGACGAGGACAAGGGAAAGAAAAGGGUGGUUGUCGCUGGUGUCGGCAUUGAGGUUUGGGAACUGCGGAUUUAGGACAUUACGAGCGAGGAAAAAGCGUGAUCAUUAGUAAAGGAAAGGAAGGUACAAGGGACGAAGAAGGGUGAGAUCGGGUCUUGAUCGCAUAUUCGAGCGCAUUGCGCUAAGUACUCGUAUUAUCUAGACCAUGCUCUGGUACCAGAUAGACAGCGUCUAUUCUACUUCAACAGCAGUAUCUCGGGGCGGGGGGUUCUUGACCCCAAACCUAAUCUCUAAAUUGCCUCUUGCUAAGUCUUUGCUGUAUUGAUGGUAUGACUCUACCUAUAAUAUCGUGUAUAUGGUCUACGGCAUAUCAUCCGGGUUCAAAAUAUCAAAUCGAGAAUUAAAACGUAUUGCGAUCAAAAUUUGAUUCAAAUUACUACAUGUAUGCGUGAGCAGGCGAACUCGAGGAUAUAUCUGCGUAUGUACGUCACAACAUGUCAUGUCGGGCAUGACUUCGUAACCCCGUCUCCAUCACUAACCCGACUCCUAACUUGCUGUGUGUGUAUCCGGUCCGAAAGCUUGAGAGAAGAUAUAAAAAUUGUAUAUGUAGCGUAGAUCGAGCCCGCAGCAUUAAAAAUGUACCUAAAUAUCAUCGUUCGUUUCGUAAAAACCGGAGCGUAACAAAGUCGCGCCGUACUGUCUCGCCCCUCUUCUCUUUCCAUAAAAAUC